UGAGAAUGAAACUAUUGACCACUGUACAGUGAACGCGGUUGUUGUCGAAACCAUGCUUCUGCGCUACUACUUAGAUUCCAAUGGGGACAGGGUGUAUACUCUGAAAUCGUUUGAUCCCGAAAACAAACCAACAUUCAGUGCACACCCUGCACGUUUCACUCCGGAAGAUCGUUAUUCAAGGCACCGAAUUACAUUGAAAUCAAGGUUUGGUAUCUUACCAAGCCAGGGUACUCCAAUUGUGUACUAAGAAAAUGACAAUAAAAUAUUUACUUAUUUAUAUGGGUUUUAU